AUGUUUAUUAGUUAAUUAAUCAUGUUCUGUCUUCUACGAGGAAACUGCGUAGUUCCUGCAACAGUAAUACCGUUACGUUCUGGGCGGAUAAACCAUUGAAGCACAUGACAAAACAUCGUUCUCCACAACUUCAAUUAUACCAAUAAAUACACUCUGCUUAACUUAAUUAAUGAUUAUUAAUAUUAAUUUUAUGUUGUAAACUAAGCUUGUCCCAGAAAAUUUUUGUUGUCAGAGAGAAUGGCCGGUGGAGCUUCUGGCGGAGAAAGAACGUUGCAGGAAACACCCACAUGGGCAGUGGCUGCUGUUUGCUCAGUCUUCGUCAUUCUCUCUGUGUUAAUCGAACAUGGAAUCCAUUUACUUGAAAAGUGGUUUAAGAAACGACAUAAGAAAGCCAUGAGUGAAGCCUUGGAGAAAAUAAAAGCAGAAUUAAUGUUAUUAGGAUUUAUAUCCCUGUUACUUACUUUUGGUACACAAUACAUUGCAAAGAUAUGCAUCCCUGCAUCAGCUGGUGAUAUCAUGCUUCCAUGCAAGAAGGUUGAAGCGUCAAAGAACCCAGAUGAUUCAAAUGGCGGAAGGAAGUUACUUUACUUUGAGGAGCGUCGAGUUUUAGCAACUGCGUCUUCUGGUGGUGACUAUUGCUCACAGAAAGUGAGGAACAUCAUCACCUUUUAUGGUACUCCUUUUUUUCACUCAUUAUUAUUAACUAUCUUUAUUGUGAGAAAUCAGGGUAAAGUGUCGUUGAUUUCUCAAUCCGGGGUGCACCAGUUGCACAUAUUUAUCUUCGUCCUCGCUGUUUUUCACAUAUUCUACAGCGUAAUGACCAUGGUACUAGCCCGAGCAAAAAUGAAGAAAUGGAAAGCUUGGGAAGCUGAAACAUCCUCUCUCGAGUAUCAAUUUACAAAUGAUCCUUCGAGGUUCAGGUUUGCGCAUCAAACAUCGUUUGUUAGGCGUCACUCUGGUUGGUCUAGGAUGCCAGGAAUUCGAUGGAUUGUAGCAUUCUUCAGGCAAUUCUUUGCGUCUGUCACUAAGGUGGAUUACAUGACCAUGCGGCAUGGAUUUAUUAACGCACAUUUUGCUCCCAAUAGCAAAUUUGACUUUCAAAAAUACAUUAAAAGAUCGAUGGAGGACGACUUUAAAGUGGUUGUGGGUAUAAGUAUUCCGUUAUGGGCUUUCGCUAUCGUCUUUAUGCUGGUGAACGUUUACAAAUGGUACACUCUCACCUGGCUAUCAUUAGCGCCGCUAGUGAUACUUCUAUUAGUGGGAACCAAGCUUGAACUUAUAAUCAUGGAAAUGGCCCAAGAAAUUCAAGAUCGGACCACAAUUGUCAGAGGGGUCCCUAUUGUAGAGCCUAACAACAAGUAUUUUUGGUUUAAUCGGCCCCAGUGGAUUACCUUCUUAAUCCACUUUACCUUAUUCGAGAAUGCAUUCCAAAUAGCCUUUUUCCUGUGGUCGUGGUAUGAAUUCAAGAUCACAUCUUGCUUCCAUGAAAACUUGCCGCUGAUACUGACAAGGGUUUUCCUUGGGAUAGCCUUGCAAAUCGUGUGCAGUUACAUUACAUUUCCUCUCUACUCCCUAGUAACACAGAUGGGAUCUCACAUGAAAAAAGCAAUUUUUGAAGAGCAAACUGCAAAGGCACUAAAGAAAUGGCAAAAGGUGGCAAAAGACAAGAGAAAGUUGAUGAGAAAAGCAGGGGUAGAUGUUCCUUCAGGAACAAUGAGUGGUGAAGCAACACCAAGCCAAGGAACAUCACCAAUACAUUUACUUCACAAGUACAAGCCUAACCAAACAGACACAGAUAGUGUUCUCUAUUCUCCACGAUCAUACCAAUCUGAAACUGACUUGUCUGACACAGAACUGUCAUCACACCAACUGAAUGAAAUAACACAGACACGACAAGCUCCAAGAAAUGGAGAACCUCACAAUGUCGAUUUUUCCUUUGUCAGCUUUAAUUAACAAUGAACAAUUUUGAAAGGACUUGUGUGAUUGUAUCUGCAGAAUUAACGAGUAAUAGCAACUAAAGAAGCUGUGUUUAAGAUAAUGAACAUGAUUAAUAUUCAG